UUGACCCGGAAGUGGUCAUCGCGGGCUCCUUUGGCGGAGGGAUUCCGUCGGCGGCUCCGAUCACUGCCAAUAAUCAAAGAUCGAUAGGAAUGAUCGUCAGAUGAUCGUGAGGAAGAGGAGCGAUGGAAGCGUCGCCGGGUGCAGCUGAAGAACUUGGUCAUGUUCAGAUCAAAGUAGAGGCGGACAGUGACGUGGAACUGGAGCCGUUCCCCUUCCUGAAGAAGCUGUCUGUCAUGCUGCUGGACUGCCAGGCGUGGCUGCAGGGGCGGGACUUCCUGUCACUUGGAGAUCAUCCUCAUCUGUACACAAAGUUGGAGAAGAAGCUUCAGUCAUCGACUUUGGGCAGAAAGAUGGUCCACUGCUCAGACUGUCAGAGAGGAUUCUACAAGUGGUCCCACCUGGAAGCCCACCAACGCAUCAACUGUGGCCUGAAACCCAAAGUGUGCUGGCAGUGCGGGAAGACUUACCCAACCCUCCUGAGUCUUGUUACACACCAGCAAGUCCACAACCGGCAAAGGCCGUACCGGUGCUCCUACUGCGACAAGACCUUCGCCCUGAAGAGGGACUGGAAGACUCACCACCGGACCCACUCGGGGACCAAACCUUUCAAAUGCUGGUUCUGUGGGGAUGGCUUCAGUGGCGAGAACGAGCUCAGUGCACAUCUGGAUGUGCACCAAGAUGAGAAGUGCUACCGCUGUGAUGUGUGUGGGAAGAUGUUUGUCUCCUAUCAGGGCUUCAAUUUCCACUGCAACUCACACAAAAGCCAGAAGCUCCACCCAUGCCCCAAGUGCUCCAAGACGUUCGCCAACCCUCAGAGCUUAAAGGUCCACUGUGUCACACACUCCAACAGGCGGCCACACAAGUGCCACACCUGUGGAAAAGGCUUUAAGCUGUUGACAGGUUUACGGAUCCACCAGCGGAGCCAUGAGGGCCUGAAGGAGUACCACUGUGCAGAGUGUGACAAACGCUUCUGCAGCCUGCAGGGCCUGAAGCUGCACAACCGCACGCACACGGGACUGAAGCCCUACCAGUGCCCAGAGUGCGGCAAGAGGUUCACACAGUCGCCACACCUCAAGUCCCACAUGGUCACCCACACCGGCGAGCGACCGUUCCUCUGCACAACCUGCGGAAAGAGGUUCACGCAGUCAUCCCACCUGAACUCUCACAUCACCCUCUUCCACAAAGGCGAGAAGCCGUUCAGCUGCACCGACUGCGGGAAGAGCUUCACCAUCGCUCACUACCUGAAGAUCCACCGCCUGAGCCACACCAAGGAGAAGCUUCUCCUGCGAGCGCACGAGCGCAUCCACACCGGUGAGCGUCCGUUCAGCUGCCACGAGUGCACGCAGAGCUUCAUCACGUCGGGCUCACUGCUGAACCACCAGAGGGCCAAACACACCGGGGAGAAGAGCCACUACUGCUUCACCUGUGGCGAGUUCUUCUUCACCAGCUCGCUGCUGCGCGUGCACCAGCUGGACCACACCGGAGAGCGGCCGCACGCCUGCAGCUGCGGCAAGACCUUCAAGACCAGAGGCGUGCUGCGCUACCACCUGAAGAGGUUCACGGAGCAUCAGUCGGCCCAGUGAGCCACGCCCCCGUUGGCAAGCCACGCCCCCGUCAGCUUCAUCCCAAAGUAUUCGCUGUCGCUUGAACCCAAAGCAGAAAUGUUUAUGUGAUCGGGAACGCUUCAAAGGCAUUUCAGACAUUUCUACACUCAGCCGAGCUUUAAAUCUGGAGAAAAAAACUGGAGCGUGACCCUCCAAGACAAACAAACAAACAAACAGAAAAUAACAAACCGUAAAUCAGCACUUCAGAAUGUUAAUUUAGUUACUAUUCUGGCAAAUGGUUCUUAGACCUUUGACCUCCACCUGGUUUCCAGCUUCUGUCCGUUUGACAUUUGGUUCAUCACCGCGACUUCAAACAGUGAAAAGGUUCUAAACCACACACACACAAAAAAAAAUUCAAUUUUGUGCUUCCAAAAUAUAUUUUUUGUUCCUGUUGGUUCUGACGGCAUGUUUGUGCUUUUGGCAUUUAAAAAAACUUUUUUCCAAACAUCAGAUUCUUACUCAAAAAAGAAAAAUGUUUUGUUUGUUUGUUUACACUAUAUAAUUACCAGAUAAAUAUACUUCAUUCAAGAGUCACGGGGGGGCGGAACCUGAGGCGGGAUUCUCCCUGGACAGGGCGCCAGUCCAUCAGAGACAGACACAGUCUGACCUGCGAUUCAGGACCAGGCUGGACGAGAACCCACAACCUUCCCCAGUGUCGAAUGUUGAGACACAGCGCCACCUACAGUCCAACCUCCAACAGCCAGAAGAGAUAAAUUCAUAGUUAUGUUUUGUUAAAAAAGGAAAAAAGAUUAAACCUCUGAUGUGCUGUUUAUCAACAAUAUUUACAGACUGACAUCAAACGUUCCUAUUUAUUUAUUUAUUUAUUUAUUUAUGUCAUUAAACUUCAGAAAUGUCUCAAAGUGGCUGAUUUCAUUUGGACCUGGAAGCUGGAUGACACUUUGAUCUAGAAUGGCACUGUUUCAGAACCCAAAAAUGUCAUCGGUCACUGUGAGCAGGUGGGAAAAAAACUCCCUAAAACAUCAAAAAUAAACUGACACCUUCCACAGGGCUUCAGUUUCCACGUCCCGUUUCUUCUUUUUCACUGAAAAAUGAUUCAAGCCAGUGAAAAUCCCAGCAUGCCCUAUGGCACAUAUGCUGGUCAGAUUGGAAUUCUGCACAGCAUGAUGGGAAAUGAAGUCAAUUUACAUUUCAAAUUCACCAAAACAGUAAAUGAAGCAAUUGCUUCAAAGACUAAUUCACUGCUUCGUAAUGCUUGAAACCAAAUUAUUUUCUGUUUCAAAACACUUGAAACACGAAGCUGCUCCACCCACCCACGGACCCUGAACUCUGCAUCCACAGUUCUUAAUCAGGAUUCAGUCAACCUGGACACUUUUUAAGGAUCUUUUGAGGAUUCAUUCUCAUUGUGUUACAAAUGGACCAGAACUGGGCCUUGAUCCUUGCAGCACUGAAAAACAUGAAUGUGAUGGUUCUGAUCAGCAAGUCCACAUUGUCUUCUCAGUGUCUCCAUGGUGAUAUGAUGCUUCAGUUGUUCUGAAUGUUUGUGGACGUUUUGACACUAAACGGCUAAAAUGAAUGUUGUGCUAAAAAAUAAAUAAAUGGUACACAAAAUU